AUGUCUAUCAUUGAAGACACCUCUAUAGACCAAAGUACUUUUGAGUGUGAUGAUCAGUUUCUGAAUUUCCCACCUUUUGAAAAGAUUGGAAAUGGAACUCUUAAUACUCACUUCCUGAUCAAUGUUGUUGGUCAAGUUUCCAGUCUUCGUGACGUCCAAACUGUCCAAGUUGCGGGGAAUGAUAAGAAAAAAGUUGAAUUUCGCUUAAUGGACAUCAAGGGUGAAAGCAUUGCAUGCUGUUUGUGGGGUAAAUAUGCAGAACAACUUGAAGAACAUCUCCAACAAACAAAUAAUCCUAAUAUGGUGUGCCUGAUCCGCUUUGCUAAAAUAGGGUUUUACAGAGGAGAUGUGCAGAUAACCAAUGCUUUUGAUUCAUCCCUCAUUUGUUUCGAUCCUGAUUUACCUGAAUGUCUCGCUUUAAAAAACAAUAUGCCAAAUGAUGAGUUUGCUCUUGCUCUAACGGCUACAAAGAAUGACAAGCGUCCGAUCAAGGAUCUAAUUGAUGAUUGGAAUGAUGUUGGUAUUAUAUCUAUCUCUGAAAUCAUCACAGCAACUCAGGAGGAGGAUUGCAAAAUAAUCUGCUCAAUCGAAUCUAUUGAUACGGAUUGGAGCUGGUUUAUUUUUGGUCAUGUUAGCCGGAACAGGUGUAACAAGCGUUGCAUGAGAAUCAAAUCGAAGGGUGGUGGUAAUUUGGCUCCAAAUGAGAAACCAAUAUUCUGGUGCACAACAUGUCGUGUUAAUACCACCACCGUAACCCCACAAUUCAAAUUGCAUCUCACUGUCAAGGAUGACACCAGUACUUGCAAACUAAUGCUUCUUGAUUCUGUUGCUAAAGUCGUUGUGGGCUUUGAGGCUAAAGAUAUUUGGGAUGGUUCCUAUGAAGAGAUUGAAGAUCCAGAUAUUUUGCCUCAAGCUAUAACAGAUUUGGUUGGAAAAUCUUUUUGUUUUGGUCUUACUCUUGGUUCUGAAAAUGUUAAAAAUGGAUCAGACAUCUUUUUGGUUUCACAAGUAUGGUCUGGUGAUAAGAUUCUCCAACUCGAGUCCAACUCUGAGCCUAUUACUCAUGUUAGCUCUGGUUCAUCAAUUAUGUCCGGUGGAGAGGUUUCUAUAAAAGAAAAAAACGAAGCAAGUUCAUCAGAAGGUUCUUCAACGCCAUUUUCAAAGCGUAAGGGAAAAGAUCAAGUUGAUCAGACUUCAACUUCCAAAAAAAUGUGCACCAAGCUGGUGAAGAUGGAGAAUAUUAAAGAUGAUGAUCUUAAUGUUUAG